AUGCCCAAAGCUACCACCGAGCAAUUAAAUCUUGCAAAACUGUUAAGUAAAACGACAGAUGAGUCUGAUGUCCAGAGCCGAGUUCAACAGGUUUGUCGUAAUCAUGCUGAACGAUGUUUUUAGGUUCAAGAUACAACAGUCUGCACUGUUGACGAGGCGGUGUCCGCCUUGCAUGAUUGCGACAACGACGUACGUCGUGCAAUCGAAUACAUUCUCGACAACAAGAAAGAUGUGGAUGAUUGGCACGUUACCAGUAAAAAACGCUCGAAGGCUAAGCGCACGGCCGACCAGGUACGUACCAAAUUUCCUUUUCAAGCUGCAGGCGAAACCUGAGUCCAUUCCAACUCAGGAUCCCACGAAGGAUGAUAACCAGUCUCGCGCAAGCACUGAUGAUCAAAAUGAGCGAACUUCAGGCGAGACUCAGGUAGGUCUCCCUCAUUUUUAACCCAAAAUAUAGGGCAAAAAGUCGGCAAGACAGUCGUCCAAUAAGCGUCGCUCCGGAAAGCCGGGUCAUCAAAAUGAGAAUGAAGGUAUAUCCGCGUCCACACGGAAGGAAGAAUGCUCCUCAACCGUCACUGACGUCGACGAGUUUGUUUAUGAUAAGCUUUCCACGGCGAAAUGCGGCGGUACGCGUUUCCUGUUCACCUUCCAUAGUUAGGUUUGCCGCAAUUUUUGUUUCGAGCGGUCGGCCUAACAGCCAUUUUCAGUAACUAUGGCGUCCCUAAGCAUUAGUUUGUUUAAAGCUGAUUUAGACUCUGACCGUUGCCAGAUUUCGUAGGUCACCCCUUGUUUUGUUGACGAAUAAUGUUCGAAAUCCUCUGGAAUGUCAUUGACCCCCCAGUGUGCGACCGGAAAGCCAAUGAAGUAGCGCAACUUCGGUGUUUGUUGGGUAAACUUAACGACAUUAUUUGACUGACCUUGUAUUAUUUAUAGUGGAAAGGCCACACUUACACGGAUCUUUGGACACAAUGACUUGUUCUAGCACUUGUUUACUGAUUUUUAAGCCGACAAGUCAUGUAUCGUUAACUUUUGCUCUCUCGACUUUAUUCCUCGGACCCCAAAGCAACCAUUACCGUUUUCCACUCUCGGGUCGUGGGUCGCAAGUGGUUUUUUGAUAUGUACUAUCACGAGCGCCUUUUAACUGACUUGGUGAGGUUGAUAUUUAGGACUCGUAGUUAAGCAGCCCCACAAUCCGCCGUGUAUACGGUAACACAACCUGUUCUCCAGCCACCUGUUCCAGCAUUACUACAAUAGCUUCUUUAGCGGCUUCUUUAGAGGUUGAGUUGAAAAACAGAAUGGUCGGAGUCAUAACACCUGCACGGGUUGCGGGUUUACUCUUUUUCGGACCGAGCUCGGGGAAGAUCGAUCGGCAGACCAAGAUAACAGAUCCGCUCAUUCGACAGGUGGUUACCGAUGCAAAUGCAUCAGGAUCUACGAUGGCCCGGUGUUUUUGUUUUUUAGGUGUAGCUUUUCUCAGGGCGGCACGUUACUUGAUAACCACAGCAAAUCUAACUGUUACUGACAGUACUUAAUCGGUCUAAAGGGGAUUGUGCUGCCAUGGAGGAGGUCCCCUUUUUAAUACGUUUAAGUACAUAAUUGCUAUUUCUACUAAGUAUUUGCACUUCUCUCCAGCCCAUCCUGUGGUUCCAUGCUUGUUUUGAUUAGCCUGAUUUCCACUGACUUUCUUACACAUUACAUCAAAGCAAUGAAGGUCGUUUCCUAAAAACCGCCUCUUUUACACAGAUUGGGAAGUCGAAUGCGGCGAAUGGAAAGGCGAAGCUAUUGAAAUCAUUAACUCAAACUCGGACUUCCCUGUAAACAUUCAUGAAGACAGCGAGCUCUUGAAACUCGUCACAACAGAACCCGAAGAACUUCAGGAAAAGUAAGCUCGCCUGCUUUUGUUCACUCGAUUUAGCAUUCCUGUUGAGGCUCCAGAACCGGAAAAGCCUUCUGACGUAGAUCGACCGCCCACACCGCAACCUCAAACUAAGCCACCUGAAUCCUCAAAGUCUGUCGCUUCGGCAAGGUCUCUACUCUUCACAAAGUAUGCAUCCAGCGCGCUUCCAAGGCCUUCAUUAAUUCCAAAUGUUCCCGUUUUCUUCGCACCUGGAGCGCACGCUGCCACUGUCUCUCGUGUCAACCACCCAAGUGCCUAUAAUUUUGCCCAGCACUCCCCCACUUCUCGACCGAACGCUGGUUAUCUAGAUGGCUCUGCGAAGACGAAGAAUGAACGGCACCAGGAAAAGAAGGCAAAAACGAAGUCAGCUAAUUUUGAACAUUCGGUUGAAGAGGCGCAACCAAAAUCACCGGCUCAGUGCGCUUUCUCGUCUGGUACUGACUCCUUCCUUCCAGCUGUUCCAGAGACACAGCCAGUGCAGGAUAUCCAUCCGGAACGGCCCUUCUCGCCUAAGAUGCAAGAGACCCCUGUUCUUAAAGAUGCGUAUGCCCAAUUGCAGGACCGAGAUUCCCCACAGAAUGUCGGCAGUAUGACUUCCUUCGAACCUGCCAACACUUUCAGCAAUUAUUUAUUAGAUGAACUGUCUCAAAAUAUCAACAAGGUCAACCUUGAAACGCACUCUAAUAAGGCUGACGCAUUCACUCAGUCGCUUUCGUCGAAUCAGCCAGACGUCGUAUCAUAUCAUCCUGUCCAGUCACUCAAGACCCCCGUUUCGCAGCCACAGUUGGGUAAAGCGACACAAAAUAUACAGACUACGACGAAUCAGCUGCAAAUGCCCUCGGGACAGUGUCAUCCUCAACUACAUCCCAAUGUGAAUCCGGGUAUGCCUCAGCUAAUUAGCCAGUUCCACGCUGCUUUCCCAAUGUUUAACCUUCAUGGUGGAUCUGGUGCGGCUCCCCAACUCCUUGACUUGGACCAGAUUCAGGCUCUCCAACAGCAGCGACUGUUGUUUGACAUGCAGCAGCAGAGUUCCCAGCAAGCUCCGACGAAUGCCACAGAACCCAGUAUCCCAAAUACUUGCUCGGACGUGCUGUCUUCGUCUAAAUCCACACCUCCCAUGGGUCACGUGACUGCUCCAAAUGCUAGCUUGCGACCCGACCUGCUCGCCUCCACGCUAAGUCACCACCAGAUGUUAGGACCUACUGCUGCUGCUGCUCCAUUCCUGCCUUAUCCCGGAUUCCUUGUAAUGGUAAGAUGUUAAUUUAGUACUAACUGUCUCCCAGAAUGGAUACCCAAACGCCUUCCUGAAUCAGCAGCAGGCGUCGCAGCCCAGCGUGACUCAGAGCCAGAAUCCAGGCCACGGGGGCUCUCCGUUGACUCAACACCAGCCGGCUCAGCAGUAUGUGAAGGGCAUGAAUUCUACAUCCAACUACCAAAGCUAUCAAGGCAUGCGACCGUCGAAUUUUGAUGAUCUGGGCGAUAUAUCGUACCAGAACAUUGCCAAACAAGGUGUGUCAUUUAUUAUCAGUCUGUAUGCAUCCACCCACCAUUCUGUUUACUUGCACGGCUACUAUGGUGCACUUCGGGGCUUUCUGCGAAGUUUUACGGUAGACGGUGGAAGUGCCUCCCCCUGUGCACAUCGGGACGCCGUGAUUGAUAAACCAGCUUUCAGUGGGGAUGAUAGCUCGACCGUCGUAACCGACGAUUUCAACCGUGUGCUCCACAGCAGGGUGAGAGCAGGCACGGUGACUUGCAUGUGAUUCCAUUUAUAGUGAUGGUAAACUUGCGCCGCGUCUACUGCACUCUUUCCUCCUUCACCUGGGCCCGGUGUUAAGACAUGGUGAAAAAGACCAGAGGCGAGGGAGGGCGCAGAUGCAUGGCACGGCUGGACCCGCACCUAGUCGUACCACCACACCUCCAAGUUCACAGCAAAUGCCUGCCCAGGAUUUUAGCUACCAGCAAUCGCGACGGCUGCCGCCACUGGAGCCGCUCCAAGGCGUUCCGUUACACCCGGCGUUGAUUCCACUAUGUGGAAAUGCCGUAGAGGUCACACCAAAGAUCCAUUUCAGCCUGACUCUCAGACCACCAGUCCAUCACCCCACAUAAACACUGGGCUGUUUACGCGGUCCAAGUUAUCCCGUCAUUUGGCAACCUAAGCGCGUAAGAUUGUUUAUAGUGAGGAAAGUGCACUGAGUUGUCAACGUAGCUCUUUUCCCAUCCCCAGGCCCCAGCCACUAGUUGUUGCAUCACACCGACCCCAGCACUGGUGUAACGUGCCAUCUUCACGAUGAAGAGCCUUAGAGCGCGUCUCUGGGUAGCUGCCUUUUAGCUGGUAAGGUUGCUAUCCGCGGCCAAAGAGUCCGGGAAGCCAUAACUGUGCAUUAUGUAUGUAAGUUACUAAGCAAGUGUAAGAUAGCGUGUCUGUGUCAGGGCUGCCUCGUGUAUUAAUCUUGGUUCCUUCAGACUGCGUCAUGUGCAACUUGGCAGCUCGUCAUGUUCAGUCUCUUUAUGUAGGUGAUCCUCGGCCGACAGAAGAACAACAGGUCUGAAUGACACAUGUUUCUGAGAAAUGAAACGUCCGACUCCUAUUUAGCAGAGUAUAUCAAAGCCAUGCGCAUAACUUGGAUAGUCAGAAUCGUCCAAAUCAGGUUAGCAGUGUGGGCCACGCUUCUAGAUCUUUACGAGCCAACUCUGUGCCCUACUUAUUUUGCCCUUCCAUUUCGGUUCCUGUAACAUCUAAUUGGAGCCUCUUUACUUUAGUAGGAUAUAAACAUGGUGGAAAUCAGCAAACCGUUUACGCUUCUCAGGCGGGGCAACCAACCGCAGAUUUGUCAAUGAGUGGAAAGUUGCAGCAAGCUGGUGCGUGCCCUACCAACAUGACCGGAUCUCAAAGUCAGUCGCAACAACAACAGCAGCAGCAACAACAACAACAGCACACAGCACAAUACCCUCAUUCGGGUGGUCAGUUCACUCCAUUCUACACACAACAUUACUUGACGGCGAUGGCCGCCCUUAUUGCUCAACACGGCUCUGUUGGGAAUACGUCUGGUUGCGGAGGUGUCGCGGGGAAUGCACCCAUGCAGGGAGCCAAUAUGGGCUCAGGUCUCCAUGGGUCUCCGCCAAUGGUGAUGGGGUCUGCUGGUUCGGUUAUGCAUCACCAACGUCCUGGACCUCCGCAACACUAG